AUGGCAGCAGCACGGCACAGCACCCUGGACUUCACGCUCGGCUCCAAAGCUGAUGGCGAGACCAUUCUAAAAGGCCUCCAGCCCAUUUUCCAGGAGCAGGGAAUGACGGAGUCAGUGCACACCUGGCAGGACCAUGGCUGCUUAGCAACCUACACCAACAAAAACGGCAGCUUUGCCAGCUUGAGAAUUUAUCCUCACGGAUUGGUGUUGCUGGACCUCCAGAGUUACAACAGUGACGUGCAAGGCAACAAAGAAAUCGACAGUCUUUUGAACAAAGUAGAGGAAAGAGUGAAAGAACUGAGUCAGGACAGUACCAGGAGGGUGAAGCGUUUGCCACCCAUAGUUCGAGGAGGGGCCAUCGACAGGUACUGGCCCACUGCCGACGGGCGCCUGGUAGAGUAUGACAUCGACGAGGUGGUGUAUGAUGAAGAUUCACCUUAUCAGAACAUUAAAAUUCUACACUCGAAGCAAUUUGGAAAUAUUCUCAUCCUUAGUGGGGAUGUCAAUUUGGCAGAGAGUGAUUUGGCAUACACCCAGGCCAUCAUGGGCAGUGGGAAAGAAGAUUACACUGGCAAAGAUGUACUGAUUCUGGGAGGCGGAGAUGGAGGCAUAUUAUGUGAAAUAGUCAAACUGAAACCAAAGAUGGUCACUAUGGUAGAGAUUGACCAAAUGGUAAUUGAUGGGUGUAAGAAAUACAUGCGAAAAACAUGUGGUGAAGUCUUAGACAAUCUUAAAGGAGAAUGCUAUCAGGUUCUAAUAGAAGACUGCAUUCCAGUACUGAAGAGGUACGCCAAAGAAGGGAGAAAGUUUGAUUAUGUGAUUAAUGAUUUGACAGCUGUCCCAAUCUCCACCUCUCCAGAGGAAGAUUCCACAUGGGAAUUUCUUAGACUGAUUCUUGACCUUUCAAUGAAAGUAUUGAAACAGGAUGGGAAAUACUUUACACAAGGGAACUGUGUCAAUUUGACGGAAGCCCUAUCGAUCUAUGAAGAACAACUCGGGCACCUGUAUUGUCCUGUGGAAUUCUCCAAGGAAAUUGUCUGUGUCCCUUCAUACUUGGAAUUGUGGGUAUUUUACACUGUGUGGAAGAAGAUUAAGCCUUGA